GCGGCGGACGCCCCGCCUUGCCCCCCCCGCCUCUGUUCGGGCCGCGGGGUUGCGCGCGUGCGCAGGGUCCGGGGUGAAGGGGAAGCGGGACGCGUGCGGCGCCGGGCUUGGAUCAUGCUGUCCCUCCUGGCCAGAGCCGCUGCCAGGCCGCUGUGCUCGCUGGGCCGCUUGCCCUUCUCUGCCCUGGCCCCGUGGCGGGCGGCAGUGCCCGUGCUGGUGAGCCGCGCCCCGCUGCCGUGGUGCGGGGUGGCUGUCCCACCGCCGCCCGGGCUGCUGUCACUGCCGCUCGUGGCAGGGCUGAAGACAAAAGUCUCGCUGAAGAGGCGGUGUAAGGACUGCUUCAUCGUCCGGCGGCGUGGUAGGCUGUACGUCUACUGCAAGACCAACCCCAGGCACAAGCAGCGGAAGCUGUAGUACUGUGGCCAGGAGCCAUUCCUCGGGGAGAAGGACCACGGUGUUCGCCGGCUUGGCCUGGGGCUCUGCUCUCUGCAUCCCUGCCACCAGCACCACUCUUCCCUGGCUGCCUAGUGACUUCUGAGAGUUGACAGCUCGAAUUGCGAAUUGCAAAAUGGUGUGGGUGACAGUGUUUCAUCUUGACGCUAACAUAGAGUGAGUUAAGUUCUCGGCAGCCCUUGCUAUAACUUCAAACUAUAGAUGCUGAGAAUGGAGGUGGGGAGCUGCAACUUUCAGGACCUCUUGUCAUCUUAGCCGUGAAGCCUUACUGAAAAUCUCCUUACUGUUUAACGAGGGUAAAGCUGAAUCACAGGACUCUGAGAUGCAUUCGUGUUUAAUUAAAGAAAAAUGAAAAUAAACUGCUG